UUUUUUAAGCAUCAACCAUGUGCCUCAAGCUAACUGUCAAGAAGAGUGUGCUUCAGUUGGCUGGAAUGAGCAAUUCAACUUGUGGAGGAAUGAGAAAUGUUAGUGUUGAGACAAGAAACAUAAACCCCAGGGAGAGCAAGGCCGAGGAGAAUGGCUCUGACAGCUUCAUGCACUCCAUAGACUCACAGCUGGAGCAGCAAAUGGAAACCACGCAGAACCUGGUGGACUCCUACAUGGCCAUUGUCAACAAGACCGUGUGGGACCUCAUGACCAAGGAGUUCAUAUUAUCAGAGUUGCUGUCCAACCUGUACUUGCAUGGGAACCAGAACACACUGAGGGAGGAGUUGGCAGAGCAGCAUCAUCGGUGA